AUGUGCAUUUUGGGCAGAACCACGGUGUCAAAAGCGUCCACCCUGGCUCGGUCGUCCGACAGCGUGAUAGAACACACAGAACUAGACGUGCGCAAAUUUGUGCUACACUCUGAUGCUACACUGCGAGACAACCAUAGGCAUCUGGCGGCCCAAUCUGUGGUGCUCAACAAGUCACAAUUCAGUAGCCUGCAACAAAGACUGGGCAUAAAUUAUUGCCCAAGAGGUCUUUUGGCGUUGGAUACUGUUCAGGCUUGUGGGUUUAGCGUCACAGAAGGUUUAUGCUAUGACUGGAUGCAUUGCUACAUGGUAUCAGGCCUGUUCCACUUGGAAGUGACAUUGCUUCUUGGGGCGCUAGCAGGGGCAGGUAUUCGCCAAGAAGAAGUCCACCAAUAUGUCAGCACCUUUGUGUGGCCUAGUUGGAUAGGAGGGCGUGCAGUCGAUGCCACCAAAGUUUUGGAGAAAAAGGUCGACCUGUCCAAGGACAAGUUCAAAAGCAGUGCGUCUGAGGGUUUGUCGCUGUACCCGGUACUGCUGGAAUUCUUGAGGUGUUUGGAUCCGAGACGAGUCACUGAGAAAGUGGCAGCAGCACGCAAAGUGUUUCAGCAUUUGUGUGGAGUGAUGGAUCUUCUACUGUUGGCUGCAAAUGCAGGGAGAGUUGCUCCACGCAGCCUUCAGAAUGCAAUCACCCUGCAUUUCAUGGAAUUUACUCAGGUGUACGGCAAGGACUUCUUGCCUCCAAAGGCUCAUUUUGCCAUGCAUCUACCAUGGUCGCUGGAAAAGCACGGUUUCUUGCCUUCUUGCUUUGUGCAAGAAAGGCGGCAUAAGGAACUCAAACGGUACGCUAAUCAGACUGCGACUGGUGUCCCUGGAGUGGAGCGCUCGGUGUUGGAGGAAGUGACUCUGUCCCACACCAUGGAUUUGGAACAGUACAACGGGCAUGGCGAGUUGGACCUCGUAAAGGGUAAGGAAGCGUCAGGCGAGUUGCAUGCAGCCUUUUGCAAGGCCCAUCAAUUGUUGGUGGCACCAGGGUUGACCGUGGGAAGAUCUGUAACCUUUGGUCUUGGAAAGCGGUCUGUUGCUGUUGGAGACGUGGUGGAGAUCAUGGACGGUACUUCAUUAGGCAGGAUUUGCCAGGUCAAGUGCUGCUUCGUGAAGUUUGAGGCCACCGUGUUCAGCCUGGUGUCUGUUUGGGAUGAUGUGGAUGUGAAAAGCUCUUCAUGUCGGCCCAUGGAGAACCAGGUAUGGGUUGAGGCUUCUCGCAUCGCAUGUUGUUGCAUUCACCGUGCCACACCUGAAGGGUUGUGCACAGUGAUCCCCAUUAGGUCUGAAGAUGGUCGUUUCGCCGAAGGGUUUGAGCAGACCUUGAUGAGAUCUUGGGGAGUUUGCAACCGGGAUCACGUGGUGAGGUUCCACCACGGCGCCUCUGAGGCCAUGGGUCUGAGCGACAAGCUCCGCCUUGACACCACGCUCGAGGAGAUUGCGCCCUCGUGGCGCGGUCUGGCUGAGCAGUUCAUCGUGAUGGGUGAGCAGUUCAUGGGUACCUGGGUACCCAUCACAGAUUUUAUCCACCAAGUCACAGGUGAAAACCAUGCUGCCCCGAACUCGCACCCCGAACUCGUACCUGUUUGGGCCGAAGCCGCGUCGCUCCGGACGACGCUCGACCGCGCCGUUCGGUUUAUUCCUGUGAGCUUCAUUGAAGUCACGCGGCUCCACUUCGGCUUGUCCACGAACACAAUCAGUGGUGUGGUCGACUUGGAGAAUCCCUUGGAAGAGGGCCGCUACUAUUUGGGAUGGUGGUCUGGCGCAUAUCUCUUUCCAGUCACCUUGCAGACGAUCGAGUUCUCCGAAGAGAAGCCCGAAGAUGGUGUCCAACAUCUCUCCGUGCUGCGCGGUCGCGACAAAGAUGGAAAGAGAAUCUACUUGGACGUCUCAGUUCAGUACCGCUUGUCCAAAGACAAGGUGGGUCAGAUCUACAAAGAGAUGUUGACUUUCUAUGAGGACAUCUACAUCUCAGAGCUCCGGGAUGCGCUGUCCAAGGCGUGCAACUACUUUGCCAUCGCGGAUGCAUGGGAGAGCUACCUCAACGUCACAGAUGUCAUGAAAUCCGCCUGCGAUGUGGCGCUGGCGAAGUAUCAUGCCACCUGCUGGGGCCUUCAGCUUUGGGGCAUCCGUUUGGAGUCUAAAUACGAGAGCGCCUUGAUCAGAACCCAGGUACGGAAACAGGCACAGCGGACUGAACAGAACCGAAAGCUCCACACCGUUGUCCGCGCGCAGACCGAAGUGCUACUGGCCUCCUACCGCAGGAACAAGACCGUGAUUGAAGCGCAGGGUGAAGCUGAUCGCUUCCUCAUCGAAGAGGAAGCGAAAGCCAGAGCAGAGCAGAGGUGGAUGAAUGCGCAAUCGGAAGCUCUUGAGAUCGUCCGACGGUCCGUGAAGCUGCGGAACGAGACGGAGAUGAACAGCGAUCAGCUCAUCAGAUAUCAGAAGUUGGUGAUGCUGAGCAACAAGUCCAGCACCAACUUCAUCGUGAAAGGAAGCUCUGACCUGGAUGUCUCCAGAGCCAGGGAGAUCAAACAGGUGGCACAGGGCUCGCUGUCUGGCAGUGACCCACUCUUGGUCAAAGAGUUGGAGUGA